AACUAAAGAACGGCAGUAGAGUGGUCUUCUCUUCAAAUAUAUUAUCUUUAACACUUGUAAAGUUAGUUACGCAAUUACCUCACGAAGGUGUUUCGACCACUAGUGAUUUUGGAGUAAAAUUGUGUAGGAACUGUUUUACAUUUGACGUUGAUAACGAUGUAUUUUACAUAGACAAAUCUGUAGCCACAAAGUGUUCAAUCAAACGUUCAAAGUGUUAAUGAAUUAAAUCAAUUGAUAACAGAAAAAAAGAAUAGGUCACAAAUGUAAUUGAAUAGUUUAAAUAAACGACUCAAAACACAUAUCUAUCAAUGAUUAAUAAGGCAGUUGCCAAUUUAACAAUUAUUGAAAAAUUUACAGGAAGUCAAGGAUGAAUUAGAUUAAUGAAAAUAAACAAAAACCAAUGUUUCUACAAAUGAAUUACAUGCCUUUAUACGGUAUCCAUUGUAUGGAUACCAGGAGGUUAUUAGAACUCAACCAGUACCAAUACUUGAUGGAAAAACGUCGGCAAUUGUUCCCGGAUGAUCGGUUCGAGCCGCUCCGGCGUCUUGGGAAUGAUGACAAAGAGUCCGCCCACGGGGACAAGCGUCUAACCUCGUUCCGCAUCAGUGAUAUCUUGUCGUCUGCUUCUGAAGAAAGUGUAGAACCUGGUUCGAGCAAAAAAAGCGAUGAAAGAUCUCAAAGAAAAAGGAAAAGUUUGGACUCAGGAGUGCUUCCACAUAGUGUGAAUAACAAACAAAGGAAAGUAUCGACGGGUGCAUCAAGACCGGAUUCGUUUGAAAGGGACUCGGAUGAAACCAGUCAGGAAAGCGUUGUUCGGCCUUGGAAUAUAUCAUCUAGACUUUCAUCUUCACAUACUAAUAUAAAUUUGGCAGAGCGUCGAUCUUCUGCGGACAAUGACUUCUCGCUACACAUCUCGCCAAAAUAUUCAACACAAUACCUGUCUCCUUCAAAAUCGUUCUCAGCAACUUCUUCGACGUCACCGACGAACGGAUUUAGUAUAAAUUCUGCAGCGUCGGAUUCUUUAAAAACUUCAGCCGAACAUGCAAGAGACAUAUUUCUAAGAUUCUGUGCACAACAGGGUCAAACAUAUGACAUUGAAUCUGAAUCAGACGAGGAGAUUGACGUAGAGGGCUGUGAUGACGUAGAAAAUGAGGUUACGUUGUCUAAAAAAGAACGCGGCGAUGUUUCACCACUUGACGCUCUGGUUGCUAUGUCCAGCAAAGCAUUUGUUGGACUGGAAAGUUUCGAGGAGCGGCAAAAACGUGAGCACGAAGAACAGAAUAAAAACCAACUACCAAAGAAGAAACGAAAAACAAGGACUGCAUUUACAAACCAACAGAUAUACGAACUUGAAAAACGUUUCGUGUUACAGAAAUACCUCACACCAUCCGACAGAGACGAGAUAGCGGGAAAGUUAGGACUCACGUGCGCCCAGGUGAUCACGUGGUUUCAGAAUCGACGGGCCAAAUUCAAGAGGGAUAUUGAGGAGUUGAAACAAGACGUUGUGGCAACUAGCCCGCCUAGAACUCGAACCGAGUCCUGACCACAUAUGCCAUAGUUUAUCCUGACGGAAUGUCAUAGUUGCUGCAUUCAUAUCACCAUCCCGUCUAGACCUUGGGCCAAUUCAUGAUCAAUUCGAAAAUAGAAGAUGUGCCAUGCCCUGACCACAUGUCAUUGUUUUGGUGUUCGCAAAACGGCUGCGGGCGGCUGGAUUUAAGUCCUGAUCAAUUAGUAGAGUUUGGUGCAGAAUAAUGUGGCAACAUACCCGAAUUGGUUACAAGUCCUGACCAAAUCCUCCGUUAGCUCUAUGAAGGAUUGCCAUGUUCUAAGUCGUUUGCAUAUGCAUUAUUUAUCACUUCUUGUCAUUGUCCAUGUCUUGGUAAGCAAACAGGGUAUUCGGGACAUUUUUUCCAACCAUCAACUAGGAAAAGAGAAUCCAGAAUUACCUCGAAGCAACAAUGAAAUGUUAACUACAUUGGAUUCAAAUAAGUCCAUCAUUGCUAAAGACUAUGCUUACUGCACUGUUAACAAUUAGCAGGGUUAAUUUGUGCGCCCUGGUGCUAUCCCAAAGACAACAUAUCAUAAUUAACUAUUAUUUUACCAUUAGUUGAACCUGGAAUGAUAUUGGUAUAGUAGUACACCGAAAUUACCGACGGUGACACGUUGUAACCAAAUGUAUGUUCAACGGUCGGAAACUUAGAAUUUAUCUAUCAUGAAUUAACCAAACACACACUCGAAAGGAAAUAAGAAAACGAAAUAAGUAUGCUUAAUUCUUAAAAAUCAAAUCUUGUUCCAAAGUCAUGAAUACUUCAUUGAUAAUUGAUUUAUGUAAUUAUAAAACAUUGCCGUUUUUACUGAUUUUUUGUGUAUGUAGAUAAAAUAAAUGAUGGUCUUAUUAAGGCAUUUUGACAAAAGAACAAUUGAUUUGUUUACAAUAUUUCAUAUGUUAUUUUUAUUUCUUGUCAGUAUAAUGUAUUCUUGCCGUGUGUUAUGUAUGUUAGAUAUGAAUAAAACGCAAAAGAAUU